UCUCCUUGCCACUUGAGGGUGUCCUCUCCUGCAGGUUCCCGGGCACAGCAUGCUCGCCCUGCCGGGCUGUGUGCGCGCUGCCGCCUUCUGGGCUCUGGUCUACUCAUACUGCGUGCUCUGCGCCUGCACUGCGCUCGUCAAACUUUUCUGCAGCAUCCUCACCGGGCCGAGGAGGACCUUCCACCGGGUGCCCAGGGACGUCACCCCCAGCUGCCUCAACGACCCUUUCCUGGGCACCCACUGCUAUGUGCGGCUCAAGGACUCUGGACUACGAUUCCAUUAUGUAGCUGCUGGAGAGAGAGGGAAACCUCUUAUGCUUCUUCUUCAUGGGUUUCCAGAAUUCUGGUACUCCUGGCGCUAUCAGUUACGUGAAUUUAAAAGGGACUAUCGGGUGGUGGCUCUUGACUUAAGAGGAUAUGGGGAAACGGAUGCACCUUCCUGUAAAGAUAACUACAAAAUAGACUACAUCAUUGUAGAUGUAAAAGACAUUAUGGAUUCUUUGGGCUACAACAAAUGUGUGCUAAUUGGCCAUGAUUGGGGUGGUAUGAUUGCUUGGUUGGUUGCCAUAUGCUACCCAGAGAUGGUGACCAGGCUGAUUAUCCUGAGUUUCCCACAUCCCACUGUGUUUACAGAAUAUAUUCUACGGCACCCUUCACAAUUGAUUAAAUCUGGUUACUACUUCUUUUUCCAAAUGCCUUGGUUUCCUGAACUCAUGUAUUCUGUAAAUGAUUACAAGGUCCUCGCAGACCUUUUUACUAGUAAAUCUACUGGUAUUGGAAAGCAUGGCUGCCAAUUGACAGAAGAUGACAUGGAAGCUUAUCUCUAUAUUUUUUCCCAACCUGGAGCUCUGAGUGGCCCAUUCAAUCAUUAUCGGAACAUUUUCGGGUGCUUGCCUUUAAAAAGCCACCAGGUGACCAUGCCAACCUUGCUGUUAUGGGGAGAAGACGAUGCUUUUGUAGAAGUUGACAUGGCAGACCUCACAAGAGAAUACGUGAAGAAUUAUUUCCAGCUGUCCAUAUUAUCGGGAGCCAGCCACUGGCUCCAACAGGACCAGCCUGAGCUUGUCAAUAACCUGAUAUGGACUUUUCUAAAAGAAGAAAGAUUUUGCAAGAAAGACUGACUUCCUAUGCUGUUAUUUAUCUCACCCUCAUGUAAAGUAGGAACUGUUGGCCACAACAUCUUAUAUCUGACGAAGGGGUUCUAAAUAAAUCAGCCGUAUCUACACAUGGGGCCAUAUAUAUAGCUUUUCUGUCUGAAUAUGGCCACGAUACUGUGUUCAAUACAUGGCUGGUCCACCUUUGGCCCUCUGACUGUUCAUGGAGUGUAAACAUUGCAGCAUUCCCACAGCUGAAGGUCCACAGGUUACCUAACCCUUGGAAUUUAACAUCACUGUGUAAACGGAACUGUGUCAGUUGUCAAUACCAGUUAUAAAUUGUAAUUUUAUACUUUGCACAUACACACCUGCCUUAACAUUUCUGAGUUUACACUGUGCAACAAAAAUCAGUCAUUGGAAUCUCUGAUAACUUCCAUUCUUUUUAAUUGUUGUGUGGUGCCUUGUAAGCCUUUAUAAUAUACGAUACAGGGGUGCCAUAUGACAGCUGGUUAUAUGGAUAUAUAAUUUAAUUGUUAUUUUUUUACUACAUUUUGUAACAUUAAUAAAAGGAAUACAUAUUGUCACAACACAAAAAA